ACGUCAUUCUUAUGGCUUCCGGCAAUAAUAGUUCAGCAUUUUGAGUUCACUGAUGGAUGGUGCUAUAUGGAGUUCGACAACACUGAAUUUAUGUAUUACAGAGAUUUUGAUGACGAUAAUACAUUAUCAAAUGCAUUUGCUGGAAUCAAUUCACUAAAAGCAAUACAGUUUAUGAAAACCCAAAGAAACAACGAAAAUUGGUAUUCCGACAGUUUGUCGUCAACGAUUGUUGACAUCAUUGAGAAACAUGAACAGAUAAAUGUGCGACUUAAGACCACUUCUCUUACGGAUAUACUUGCUGGAAUCAGAUUCGAUGCUAGAAGAGACGGAAGUGGACCUCUUCAUGGGGAGAAAUUGUUUGAAAAAUUUGAUCCGAAACGUUACGAUGAAGGUCUAACAGAUGUUGAUCCCAUUCUGAUAGAGGCUGACAUACCCAACAACCCUCUCCUGAAACCAGGUCAUAAUGAGAUUACAAACGCCCUUUUCGAAGAUGACAGAAAGCAAAACAGCAUAUGGAAAGACAAUGUUGUACGAUACAAUAACCCUUUCGAUCCUCGCCUCACGUUCCAGGGCCUUCAAUUUGGACAGACCGCAGACCAACAUAACUAUAGUAAUGAAGACCAAAUUCAGGACAGUCCAGACGCUUUUAACUGUUUUUUGGAUAUCGUGAAUCCAUCGGGGUUUGCCAAUACGUACUUCAACAAAUACCAACAAUUUCUCCGAGAUCUUCGAGGUGAAAGUAAGAAACUGGCGAAUAAUGAUUCAUUUAAAGUUUCUGGACAAAAAGACAAAGCCCAACAUAUCGACAACAUAGAAUCAAAGUUACAAACAAACGAAGAGAAAGUGGAGCCUGCUCCCUAUUUUGUCGGCAAUGAAUGUGAAAACAUUGACAUGUGGUCACAGAUAAAUGCAACACGAAGAUUUUGGUCGGAAGAUAUCCAGCGUGAGCAACCCCAUUGCUUAACUGACGAUUAUUCGACAAAAAGUGUUCUGGUUGCGCUCUUUUCAAAAAGUUCGGAGGACCUACAGUGUCAUUCAUCCAAGCAAGAUACCUUCACUAACUCUUGCGAGACUGAUGCAAACGUGAAAACAGAAAUUGAGACAAAUCAGUCCGAGUCUGAAAUUAGUAAACAGCAAGAUGACACUCAUGAAAAACAUUCGAAGUUGAAUCAUUCUCCGGCUAAACGUAGUCGCAUAUUGUCUCGCUUAAUACCUUUAGAACAUGACACUUGUGAUUCAGUAAUACCCUCUAUACAUCCUAGAACAUUGACCCGGGAAAACGAAGGUUCAAAUCAAAAUACGGAAGAAAUGAAAAACCGACUUACACCGUCCAGUGAGGUAGAAGAUAAGACGGAGACUGUUCAAAAACAAGAUGGCAGCACCAAAGAUAGCACACUUCCGGAAACUACCUGGAUAGCUAAUGAAGCUGGUGACUUCACGGUUACCAAUGAUAAGCUAUCAAAUCUGGAUCUAAAGACAUCGGGCACAGCGUUUGUCUCUCAUUCUUACAGUCCGUGGUAUACUGUUAGUGUUGAAUGCCCAGGAAAACCACAGGUACCCGCCCAAACGUCAAUGUUCUGGUCUCAUCAGCAACGAUGCCAUUAUGAAAUACAGCAGCAGCACCACCACCACCAGCAGCAACAACAACAACAAGAAAUGCGACAAAACCAGCAUCAGCAACAACUGUGGCAGCAGCAGAAGCAACAAGUACAGCUUGAUCAACAGCAGAAGCAUCAUCAACAUCAAAACCAACAGCAACCAUUAACAGAAAAUCAGCAACAACUAGAUCACCAUCAGCAGCAGUCACAAAAGCUGCAGUCACAACAACAAAAAGCGCAGCAACAAAAACAGCUGCAACAGAAGUUACAAGAGCAACAAACGCAGCAACAACAUAAAUUACAACUGCAACAACAACAGCAACAAACACAGAAGCACCAAAAUCUGCAACCACAACAACCACAGCAGCAACAGAAAUUACAACAACAACAGCCACAAAUCCAACAACCACAACAGCAACAGAAAUUACAACAGCAACAAACACAGAAGCAUCCACAACAACCGCAGCAUCAACAGAAAUUACAACAACAACCACAGCCGCAACACCAAUUACUACAGCAACAAGCACAGCAGCAACAGCAAAUAAAACAGAAACAACCACAGCAGCAACAGAAAUUUCAACAGCAACAACCUCAACAACUACAGCAGCAACAGACUUUACAACAGCAGCAACCACAGCAGCAACAGAAAUUACAACAGCAACAAACACAGCAGCAACAGAAAUUACAACCACAACAACUACUGCAGAAACAGACUUUACAACAGGAGCAACCACAACAACACCAGAAAAUACAUCCACAACAACCCCAACAGCAACAGAAAUUAAAACAGCAACAACAACAGCAGCAGCGAACGCAACAGAAAGCACAACAACAGCAACAAAAACAAUGCCAGCAGCAACAAAACUCACAACAGCAACAGCCACAGCAGCAGCAGCAGUACCAGCAGCAGCAGGAAUUAAAGCAGCAACAACCUCAGCAGCACCAGGAGCAACAGCAGCAGCAACCGCAACAGCAGCCACAGCAACCAUCACAAUACAGUCAAUAUCAAUGGGCAUUUCAACAGCAGUACGACAGUACACACAACCAAAACAACAAGAGGAAAUAUGACCACGUUCAAUGUAGCAACAAUCAGGAACAGUGGACUGAUAUACAGCAGGAUUAUGAACAAACACAUAAUACUGAUCAACUUGAUUUAUUAUUCAACCUGCAACAUCAUCCAACAAGUGGCCAGCAGACUCAGUAUUAUACUCAAAAUAAUGGCCAGCCUGUAAAUCAGGCGAACGCUUACUACCACAGUGUACAUCCACAAUACGCUACCCCUGCUUAUAUGAACAGUAACCAAUGUUCUGCCAAUCAAACACGCACUGCUGAUCAAUUGAAUGUAGGUCAGCAAACCGCAUUUCCUGCGGCAUCAUUCAACUGGCAAUCACAACAGGGUAUAAAUUAUGGCAGCCAGCCUUACAAUUAUCCAAAUGUUUAUUAUCCACCGCCUGGAACUGCAGAAAAUGGACAGGUUCUAAACCUUAAUUUUGUUCACAGCAGACCACAACACCAUGACAUAAAAUUCGACGACGAAGUAUGGUAUAUAAAUGGCGUACCCCACCAACACGCGAAGCCUCUACAACAAAACGUCAGUGACCAUGUUGCCUACAGUCCAAACCUUGGUGUUUGGCCACCAAACUAUAACUGGAACGCAAAUGUUCCGCCACCAACGUACACUAGUACGCAUGUCCACCAAAGUACAGCCGUUAACCUUCCCGAUCUUAAUAACAAACAUAGUACUAAACAGAUCUAUCGCAGUCACGAACGAAUGCAGGACGUACCAACCAAUCUAAAUAACAACAACGACGUUGAAGAAAAGAUGAAUAAAUGUGAUCUUAAGGAUGACUUCGCCAUCGCAGAAUUAAAUGCUGCUUCAGAAUCGUGGUCAUCCGACUCUUUGUCUUCCAGCUGUUCGAACCAUAGCUUACUUACACUUUCAGAUGUUACAACUGAGUCUUCUAAGGAAUGUUGCAUCGGUGAAACUCCAGACAGCUUGUCUGAAUUCAGUGAUACAGAAGAAGAGAUGGCACAGUUUGUAUCUGAUAAAACUCUUGGUAUCUUUGAUAUUGGGAAAAAGUGUAUACAUUAUCCUGAAGAUUGUCUGGCAUUUGAUAAUCAAGUUAACGAUGGUAAUUGUUCAAGCCAAAAUAAGAAGUCAGAAGAGAUGACAGGCCGACACAUCAAAGUUCUCAGUGGAAGAGCGAAGGCAAGCCGCGAAAGACUAAAACCGCAGAGGAAACCAAGAAGCUUUCGUGCAUCUCAUCUGAUCAAUAUCAUUUAAUUAUUCACUGAUUGGAAGUUUUGGAUAUCUAGGGUAUGCAUGACACUGUGUUGACAUUACCUCUUAAAUGCAACUAAAACGUACACCAAAACU